UUGUCUGGUUUAUUAUUGCCAGUUAUCCGAUAAAUAUCUUAAUUUAUUAACCAGCAGACCAUUCUUCAGUGCAAGUUUGUAUCACUCAUACGCAGCGUUGCCGUAACUUGAAUAAAUAUGGGCAGUAGUUGAGCAAAGUCCUUUGAAUACUAAGUUUUGUAAUUUGCUGUGCGAUAACUGUGUGCUUUACUUAUUUAUCUGUAAUUCGUCAGUCGCCAGCAAUUGCUACAGAUGAUAGCUAUUAAAACACUUUAUACACUGUGCUACACAGUUGCGAGGAGUCCGUGGAAGAACCUGUUUUCAUCUGCCCACUUUUUUGCACGCGCUUUCCACUUUUCACAUCAGUUGGCGGCUGCGGCUGCGUUUUCGUUUUCGUUUUCAUUUUCAUUUGCGGACCAUUUACUUUGGUAAUCCAGUAUAAGUAUGUGAUGCAAUUGCUGGCCAUAAAUGGCGCACGCUUCCUAGGCACACCGAAAUGCGUGAACCGCUGUUGAUUUCAAACUGAACCAGUUGGCCAAAUGCCAAUGCCGAUUGCUCCUAGGCUCCUCAACUCUAGCUCCAGCUCCAUGAUGCUUCCGGUCAGCGGGUCUAGCCGAUCUAGUCCGGUUCCAGCCAAUUGUUAACCCAAUUCACGAGCGGAGUUCGGGGAUCAGAUCGCAGAUAGGAGUAUAUAAGGCCCACAAUCGGUUCAACGCGCAGACACAAAUCGCGCACUGAAGCUCCAGUUAAGACGUUAUGGCCAGAUAUCAGAGUAGCAUCCACUGCCUUGGCGGGAUCGGGUUCCUAGUGGUCCUGUUCAUAGAUCAGUUGGCCAGCGGCCAGUUCGUUCCGGGUCCGAUUUCUGGGAUUCCCAGACAGCAGAGAUCUCUUUUCGGUCCGGGACCUCCGCCGGGAUGGAGCAGCGGUGGCCUCAGCCACGGCUGGAACGCUCCCAGCUUCGAGUUCAGUCACCUGCCGCCAUCCUCCAGUCCGCAUGUGACCAAGGACGAGUUGCUGGCCCUGCUGGCCGCCUGGAAGGAUGUGGCCGUGAAGCCAACGACCCCGGCGCCGGAGCCAGAGCCCGAAGAGCCGGAACCCGAGCCAGAGACCACAACAGCCCCGCCGGAGGAUCAGGAUGAACCGGAGCCGGAACCGCCUGCACCAGAAGCGCCAGCUGGCCCACCACCCGGUGUUCCCGUCACCGUAUCCCUGCCCGCCUUGGUGCCCAUCCAACUGGCAGCCAUGUGGCAGCAGCCGGCGCCAGGAGCAGCGGCCGGUGGACUGGGUCCCUUGGGACUGGGAGGCUUGGGUCUGGGGGGUGGAAUCGCCUUGAACAAUCUUGGCGGUGGUGCGGCUGCAGCAGGAGCUGCUGCAGCUGGAGGCGGAGGAGCAGCGGCAAGAUCCGGACUUGCCCGUCCCAGAGCCCGAGCAAGGAUCGGAGGGCGUGCGUCUAAUGCUCAGCCUGCCAUUCGCUUCCCGGUGGCCAAUCCGCGCAGCUUCACCUCAAACAACUAUGUGGCCCCCAGGCCACGUUACUAUCGCGAUACGGAGACAAUGCGCAUCAAUGUAAUGGCCCCUCCGCCUUAUCAAAUGCCCAAUGUUCAAGGGCCGGUUCAGCUUGUGCCCGCAUACUGGCAAUAGUUCGUUCACCUCUUCAAGUCUUAUAAUCGUACUGCCAAUUCAUUAUAAGUUAAACUGUACAAAGUUAUAUGUUAUAGUAAUACGCUCAUGUGCAUGUAGAAUGUCAUGGCCUGUUAAC